AUGGAUAACAAGGUCAUAGAUUCCAGCCACUCCGAAGAUAUCGAGAAACACGGAAAUGGCCAGGUAGGCUUCCGGGAUAAUCAUGGAGUCCUCAUAUCUCGAAUGGAAGAAGCACUGGCCCAAGAAAGCCCGAAACCGCUGCGCAAAAGUUUUCUCAGACUUUAUGGGUGUAUCUUUGUUGCAUAUCUUUGCUGCGCAACGAACGGCUUUGACGCUAACACGUUUGGUGGACUUUCGGCCAUGCCAGGCUUCGUGGAUUACUUCGGAAUCAACAAAAACAACCAGGGCCUAGUGGCUGCUUUGUACGUGAUUGGAAAUGUAGCAGGAGCUUUCGUCGCCGGGCCCUGUUCCGACAAAUACGGUCGCCGAGCUGGAAUGGCGAUCGGAUCCAUCAUUUGCAUCAUUGGAGCAGUGGCGCAGACGGCGGCACAGAAUAUCUCAGCCCUGGAAGGUGGGCGAUUCGUGCUAGGUAUUGGCGCUGUGAUUGUUCAGACUGCUGGCCCCAGCUAUGUCGUUGAGAUGGCGUAUCCGAAGUACAGAGGUCAACUCACGGGAGGAUAUCAAGCCUGCUUUUUCCUGGGAACAAUUGUGUCGACCUGGUUGGAAUACGGGUUGUAUUUCUGUAAAACGUCCUCUUCGUUUGUCUGGCGAGUCCCUCUGGCAGUCCAGGCUACCCCCUCCCUGGCCAUUCUGUGCUUUGUCUGGAUGAUCCCUGAGAGUCCUAGGUGGCUGCUCGCCCACGAUCGUCUCGAAGAAGCCAGAGCAAUCCUAGUCAAAUACCACGGCGACGGAAAUCCGGACUCUUUGGUAGUGACAGUCGAGCUUGAGGAGAUGCUGGAAGUUAUCCAGCUGGACGGGUCGGACAAAAGAUUCUGGGAUUUCAGAGAGCUAUUCAACACCCGAGCGGCCAGAUAUCGAACUUUCUUGGUCACCUGCAUUGCUUGGUUUGGAGAACUCGAUCUGCCGCCCACGAGCUACUACUUCCCAUUGAUGGCCAAAACAGCGGGUAUUACCAGUGUGCAGACUCAGCUCUUGUUGAAUGCGUUGCAGACACCUAUCAUGAUGGUUGCCGCUCUCUGCGGCCUUCGCUUCGUGGAGAAGCUAGGACGCCGCAAGGUGUUGAUGGCAUCUUCGGCUGGAAUGUCGGCAUCAGUCGCGGUCAUAACAGCAUGUACCGCCAGACAAGCUGGUAAACCAGCCGUGGGAGCAACAGGAGUCGCCUUUUUAUAUGUCUUCUUGGUAGUCUUUGCCUUUGCUUGGACACCGAUGCAGUCAUUGUAUCCGUCAGAGGUAUUGGCAUUCUCAACGCGCGCGAAAGGACUGGCUUAUCUCAAUUUUAUGAACAACGCGGUCAAGGUGCUCAACACCUAUGUUCCUCCAGUGGCCAUCGCCAACAGCGGCUACAAAUUCUACAUUUUGUACAUCAUUUGGGACGCCUUUGGGGUUAUAGUGAUAUAUUUCUUCUUUGUCGAGACACGGGGCCGCAGCUUGGAGGAGCUGGAAGAGUUGUUCAAGGCGAAAAAUCCAAGAAAGGAGAGUACAAGAAGGAGAUGA